CAUCCACGCGAAGAAACACCUAUAAAGCUCACGACACUUCAUUCCAAAUGGAUACCCCACGGCGACGUAUCCUCCGAAAACCACAAGUAUGAGAGUGUUGGAGCAACCGAGCUUCCAGAUGACGAAGCACCGAACGAUGGUUCAAAACCACUUCCGAAAAUAAAAGCAAAAUGGAUGACCGGCUUGCUAUUCUGCGCAUUAGGAGUAGCCUUGGCCCUGCUCGCUCAUGUCAUUCUUACCGUUAAAUUGGCUACCAAGGCCGCGUCGCAUGGCUAUGGAUGGGGUGACUCGUCAAGUGUGGUCUUUCAUGGAGAAUGCAGCACUGCGAAUUCAACCGCGACUUGGUUGCAUGUGUUGAUUAACAUUAUUGUCCUUACACUUACUGCCACAAGCAGCUACUGCUGUCAGAUAUUGGCUGCGCCAUCACGUGCAGGGGUUGAUAAGGCUCAUGCACGCCGGGUUUGGGUUUCUAUCGGUUCGUCGAGCUUUACGAAUAUCUGGUACGCACCAUACUGGCGCAAGAUACUCUGGUUGUUGGUUCUUUUGUCUUCGCUCCCAGUUCAAAUGGCGUACAACUCCUUUGUGUAUGUUUCUGUCAAUGCGCAAGACUUCGGAAUGGUAAUUGCCCCAACGAACUUUACGACUACAGGCUCGGACUGGAACACGACUGCACAUUUUGAGGAUAUGGUGGGAAUGAGCGCGGGGAGCUUGCGUACUGCCAUUUCUUCUGGAAGUUUGGAGAGAUUGAAUAUUACCGAUUGUGCAGAUGAAUUGGCCAGCUUUCAGACACGCAAAAAUCUUGUGGUGGCGAUGAGCUCAGAAGUCGAUAUGCUCUCCGGUUGGACGUGCAGAAUGAAUACAUACAACGAUGGCCCCCAAUUCAAUUCCACUGAGGGAGGUUGUUCAUUGACAGAAGCAUGGAAAGGUGAGCUGGAGUUCGAUUGGUUUAUCAAAGACCCUUUGUCGCUAUCAACGAAGAGCAAGAUCGAAUAUUGCUAUCAUCAACCGGUCAAAGCCACCUGUCAGCUAGAGUGCAGCUUGCCAAUCGGCGUAGCUGUCAUGACCUGCAUUGCAGUCAAGCUCGUCUGCAUGUUGAUUGCGGCUCUUGAUCGUCGAAAGGAGAUUUUCUUGACGAUCGGGGAUGCCCUUGCUUCGUUCCUCAGACGGCCAGAUCAGUAUACGGCGAACAAUUGUCUUAUGGCAAGAACAAACAAAGGCCAGUCCAAGGUCAAACUCACACUCAACGAGUACCCUUGGGUAUCGAUAUUUUCGCGAUCAGUACCUUUUCGAUACGGAGAAGCAUCUCCCCCACAGCCUAAAACAGUGAGCACAGCACGUCGCACUUGGUCAUCCGCCUUCCCGCCAAGGAUGGUUGCUUUCCUCGUCCUCUUCAAGGCCGGUCUGGUGGUCCUGGGCGCUAUUGCUAUAAGAUUCAAUACCACCAUGUUUGGUGAAUCUGGGUACAAUUUAGCCUUGAUUGGACAGUCUUCUUGGGACAAGAAAGUCAACACGCUAUAUCAUAGCCAAUUCUAUCCAACUGUGGGACUGGGAUUCGUGGCCGUAGUGCUCAUUGCAAAUAUUCCUCAGCUUAUUAUUUCCAUCGUCUACACGGUCUACAAUAAUGCGCUGACGCGGAUGCUUCUUGCGGCCGAGUUUAACAGCUACGCUGUCAAAUAUAAGCCUCUCCGGGUUUCGUUUCCUACUGGUGAACAACGGUCAACAUACUACCUCUCCGUUCCAUACCGAUACAGCAUUCCAUUCCUUGCGAUCUUCACGCUCUCUCAUUGGCUCGCCUCGGAAGCUCUUUCCUUCUACCAAAUCGUCCCCAUAAAUAUCAAAGGCGACUUCGAGCCUGACCGAACAGUCAACGGAUUAAAUGCUUCUUCUUUGGGAUUUAGAAUCAUGGUCGUCCCGUGGUUCAUAACUGUCGUGGUAUUUUUUAUCCUGAUGCUACGGCGUUUCAAGUCAGCUUCUAUUCCCCUUGCGUUAAACUGCAGUGCGGCGCUCAGUGCGGCCUGUCAUCGGCCGCCUGACGACAACGAUGCAGCAGAAAAACCUGUCAAGUGGGGAGAAGUCGUUGGUAUGAAAGUGCCAAAUCUAUCAACCCACAUCGGACCGGGAAUUGCGGAUCUCGAGACUGAAUGCCGUCAUUGCAGCUUCACUUCUAAAGAUGUCGUCGACCCAAGGCCCAAUUGUGCAUAUUAUUGA